AACUGCACAGCAUAGCACAGCUCUUUGGACUCGCACAACUUUUUUUUUCCUGCUCUAUCAUGGUUCCAGUGAGGUUCCCCAUUGACCAUCACCUGGCCACCGGGGUGCCCUGAUGAGCGUUAGAUAUAACUCCAAGUGGGAUGACAGAGGGGACAACUUUUUAUACGUUUAAAACAAGAGCGCUUCUUUUUUUUUUAUAGCGUCAUUAGUGCAGCGAUCAAGAUGAUGUCCGCGAUAGAGACGGGUGCCGCCGUUUACCAGCCGGCCCAGCUGCUGAACUGGAUGUGCAUGUCUCUGCAGGAAAGCCAGACCAAUGCCUUCGAUGCGUUCAGACCCGGGUCCGAGGGCUUUUUGGACCUCCACACCGCAAAACGCUGUGCAGCUGAGCUGAGCUCUCCGCUCCACUCCAACUAUCUGAACAGCUUUUUGCAGCUCAAGAGUGAGGCCUUGAACAACAGCCCCCAGCUCUACAAGAGCCCCUCCCCGUACGGGUCCCUGCACAACAUCGCCGAGGGUCCGAGCUCGCUGACGGACCCCUUCUCCGAGCUGUGCCUCUCGUCAUCGCCCACGCGCAGGCUCAACAAACGGCCGCCGCCCAACUACCUCUGCCACCUCUGCUUCAACAAGGGACACUACAUCAAAGACUGCCCUCAGGCUCGUCCCAAGGGAGAGGGGCUCACCCCGUACCAGGGGAAGAAGAGGUGUUUCGGGGAGUACAAGUGCCCCAAGUGCAAGAGGAAGUGGAUGAGCGGGAAUUCCUGGGCCAACAUGGGACAAGAAUGUAUCAAGUGCCACCUCAACGUGUACCCGCACAAGCAGCGACCUCUAGAGAAACCCGAUGGCCUGGACGUGUCUGACCAGAGCAAGGAGCACCCCCAACACCUUUGUGAGAAAUGCAAAGUGCUCGGCUACUACUGCCGGCGAGUACAAUAACCAUCACCAGGAAAACAGACCCCUCUGGGUUUUAAUUUGAGUGGGUUCUUUUUUAAAUGACCACACCCUGUAUUCAGUUCCAGGUCAAACCUGUUCUGGCUCAUGGUCGCUUCUUCUUUUUGUUAUUUCGGUUGGGCCCUGGUCAUUAUGUGAAGGACUCCAUGGUUGAAGUUAGGGAACUAAGAACAAUGUGACUUGACAAGCUGUGAAUUAAGAAAGGUUGGAUUAGCCGCUUUCUUUUCAUCAUGUUUAGACAUGUUUUGAAGAGGUUCCGCUUCUUUUUAUAUAUUUGGUUUUGAGUUACAUUUGUAUAUUUCAGAAGUAACAAAAAGUUGUCUACCAAGGUAUUUUCUGUAUAAAAUAUGAAACAAAUCUCUACUAAUGUUUUAAUAAGAUGUAUCUGUAUUGUCAGUGUUUUCGGAUGGUACAUAACAUUUUUUAAGGGUCAAUAAUGCUUUCUGUAUUACUGCUUUCAUGAAUAUGCUAUCAUACUAACCAUUAUUUUAAAUUGCAUAUGUAAUAAUUUUCCUGUUCAGCCAAAGAGUAAGAACAUAGAGGUAUAUUUUGUAUAUUAUCCACACUUAAGAUGAGUAGACAUUUUUCGUCUACUUUUAUUGGAUUGCGUGUCAAGGAAACAUAUUGUUCAAUGAUCAAUGAACCAGACUGUUUAUAACCUGUAAUUGUAUGAUACAUUAACUCCCUCAGUGCCUUUGACUAACCUAUAUGUGAGGGUUGGUAGUAUAUAUGCAUUAAACUAUAUUAAGAGGGAUGAAUUCCUCCUGCUGCGUGCACCUAAAUAUCCAAACCUGAGAUAAAGCUGAGAAACUCCAUAAGAACAACCACAACCAGAACACAUCGACAAAUACCUUCGAACUUGGGUCCAGUUGCAACUUUAUUGUGGCAGUAGAUGUGUUAUUACUUGAGAUGAACAAAAUCAUUCAAAAGAACAAACUAGAGCAGAUCUCCAAGAGAUCAGUCACGGUUGUAACAGGGAGCGCAAAAACUCCUCAGAAUGCCGCUCUGGCGCUCCAUCUCUCUGGCAAGAAAACCCAAACGGACUAUGGCCAGAGAUUGCCCUUUGAGGUGAGAUUUGAGAUGAACCUCCCAAUUUAAACAGGAAGAGGGGCUGGAAGCACACGACGUUACGGCCGUGUUCACCUUUCGCAGCUUUGGGAAUACAGCACAGACUAUGUAGAAAACUGCUGGGUUUCCGCCUCCGGUCGUUACGGUAAUUCUACUCAACAUAUUGUUUUUAAUCACAGUUAUUGUUUCAAACCAGAUGGAAACUAAAAACACACACAAGUUUGAAAUGGGAAUCAUUCAAUGCCGUUUACUGCAUAGCAUUCAGGAGCAACACUGUCACAUGUUACUCAAUGCAUGGAUCAUUGUAAACGUAAUAUUUUGUUCACAUUACCCAUGAUAUAAGUUCACAUUACCCAUGAUAUCUACCCAUGGAACACUUAUAACGAGUGUGAUGUACCAUAAAAAAGGGCCAAAGCCCUAUCCCUGCCAUACAAUGAAACAGAUAUAAACUCUAGUGCCUCACAGAUGAUAAUCCGUACCAUCUGUAAAGGACAGUGUUAAUAUGGCUCAAAUCACAUUGAAGAGUAUGGACAGAGUAGAGAGCAGAGUCUCUACUCUACUUCAGCUCUCCGCAGUCCGAGACUAAGAUCCGCUUGGAGGUCCGUCCGGACCUGGAACCAAAGGCCUCCACCCUCCUCACCACGUCCAGGCCUUCCUUCACACUCCCAAACACCACGUGCUUGCCAUCCAGCCUGCACACACAGACACCCCAACACAGAUCAGUAAAUUAACCAAAGUUCAGGCAAAGUUCAGCCAAUCACAAUGAGGACUCUGCUUGGCGACUGUCGGACUAGUAAAUAUGUGGUUUGUUAAUGCAGAACAGUGCAUAAACAUAUCACAGAGCAUCCACAUGACGCUCGAAGGUCAGUGUUGCACUGUAAUGGAUGACAAGUGACGGGCAUGCUGUGCGCAGAAAACUUUUUCCGAAGGUUUUAAUGUUGACAAUACCAUCAUGAAAAUGUUUAUGCCCGCGUUACUGAAUCAGUCCUCACAUUGUCCUCUGCCAGCUGGUAAGGGUCACUCAAUAAAAAAUGGAAAUAGAAAGAAGGGUAUUGUGGAAGUGUCCAGUACAAUUGCAGGCACAACCUUGAAUGACCUUCCUCAUUUGCUAAAGGAGAGAAGGCCAAGUCAAUCCAAGGAGUUCAUGUGGCUACCCUAGGCAGAUACAAUCUGCCUAGGGUAGGACCAGUAGACCUGAGUUAUGUGGUUACAGCAGGCUGUCAUUUUUUUUUUAAUAU